UCCUGCCUUUGACGAGUAUAUGAUAUGGUUUCGUCGCAUCACGAGGUUACGCCUGACGAAUCCAUCGAGGCGACCACCUUCUACACAUUAUCAGCCUGCGUCUGCAGAUAUAGUAUUGGCACAUACUUUAUCUGAUAUUGCUCAUAGGUGCGGUACUGUGCUAGAGGCUUCUGAGUCAUUGCCUCCAGAUAUGGUGCGUGACUUGUAUGCGCAGACAUUGCAGACUAUGAGGGGACUGUGUGUUGAUGCUGUUGGCCGAGCUGGACAUGGCCACAUCGUACAGGGCGUGCCUACUUCUGCUGGAUAUACAUCGACUUCUACAUCUUCUACGUCUGCUGCCCAUAUAUCUACCACAUCAGCUUUGCUUUCACCUCCAGUCACUCAGAGGGCCUAUCGACGACGUUCUGACACUACUCCCCCUUCUCUUGAUGCCAUUGCAGAGACUCAUGAAACCACACCUAGCUCAUCUACACCUUCACAAAAGAAGAAGAGAGGGUUUUAG